AUGGAGGAGCAUGCUGGCUGUUGGUUUGUUGACACCGAGGCGCCUCCAGGGACAAGUAUAAAGCAUGUCUUACUGAUCGACGCGGCUUAUGGUGCGCCCAUGCAUGAGUAUACAUUGGGACAAAGGAUGAUUUCACUGCAUGACAGUGGUGUUCGCUUUGAACAGUGGCUGGUUACCCCUGAACUUGAUGAUCUCAUUGGGUUGGACUGGCAAGCUGGGCGCCUUUAA